AUGGUUCUAAUGGUUGACGCUGUGAAUGUCCCUCCACCCUCUCCACCUUCUCCACCUUCUCUGCCCUCUCCACCCUCUCCACCCUAUCGACCCUCUCAACCUUCUCCACCCCUCCACCCUUUCACUACUCCACCUUCUCCACCCCUCCACCUUCUCCGCCCAUCCACCCUUUCACCCCUCCACCUUCUCCACCCCUCCACACUCUUCGCCCCUCCACCCUCUCCACCCUAUCGACCCUCUCAACCGUCUCCACCCCUCCACCCUUUCACUACUCCACCUUCUCCACCCCUCCACCUUCUCCACCCCUCCACCUUCUCCGCCCCUCCACCCUUUCACCCCUCCACCUUCUCCACCCCUCCACACUCUUCGCCCCUCCACCCUCUCCACCCUCUCCACCCUAUAGACCCUAAACCUUCUCCACCCCUCCACACUCUCCGCCCCUCAACCUUCUCCACCCUUUCCACCCCUCCACCUUCUUCACCCCUCCACCCUCUCUGCCCCUCCAUCCUCUCCACCCUUCCACCCCUCCACACUCUUCGCCCCUCCACCCUCUCCACCCUAUCGACCCUCUCAACCUUCUCCACCCCUCCACCCUUUCACUACUCCACCUUCUCCACCCCUCCACCUUCUCCGCCCCUCCACCCUUUCACCCCUCCACCUUCUCCACCCCUCCACACUCUUCGCCCCUCCACCCUCUCCACCCUCUCCACCCUAUCAACCCUAAACCUUCUCCACCCCUCCACACUCUUCGCCCCUCCACCCUCUCCACCCUAUCGACCCUCUCAACCUUCUCCACCCCCCCACCCUUUCACUCCUCCACCUUCUCCACCCCUCCACCUUCUCCGCCCCUCCACCCUUUCACCCCUCCACCUUCUCCACCCCUCCACACUCUUUGCCCCUCCACCCUCUCCACCCUAUCGACCCUCAACCUUCUCCACCCCUCCACCCUUUCACUACACCACCUUCUCCACCCCUCCACCUUCUCCGCCCCUCCACCCUUUCACCCCUCCACCUUCUCCACCCCUCCACACUCUCCGCCCCUCAACCUUCUCCACCCUUUCCACCCCUCCACCUUCUUCACCCCUCCACCCUCUCUGCCCCUCCAUCCUCUCCACCCUUUCACCCCUCCACACUCUUCGCCCCUCCACCCUCUCCACCCUAUCGACCCUCUCAACCUUCUCCACCCCUCCACCCUUUCACUACUCCACCUUCUCCACCCCUCCACCUUCUCCGCCCCUCCACCCUUUCACCCCUCCACCUUCUCCACCCCUCCACACUCUCCGCCCCUCAACCUUCUCCACCCUUUCCACCCCUCCACCUUCUUCACCCCUCCACCCUCUCUGCCCCUGCACCCUCUCCACCCCUCCACCCCUGCCCCAGUUGAACUUUCCUCUUAAAAAAAGAAUGAACCAAAGUGUUUUUAAAUAG